GUGGGCCCGACACAGACGAGCUGGUCGCUGUUAUCCGUCUAACGAAGCCUCCUCCUCCUCCUCAACCUCCUCCUCCACUGCGGCUCCGAACGAGAUGCAGUGCAGCUGCAGCUCGGCGCUCGGACACCUUUCAUCGCCUUACUGGAGCAGAGCAGUGCUGUUUCCAGACUGGGCCUAUAAGCCGGCCUGGUCUCCAGGUUCCAGACAGGUGCAGCUGUGGCACUUCCUGUUGGAGCUGCUGGGGCGGGGCGAGGGAGGAGCCAUCGGCUGGGGAGGGGAGUGGGGCGAGUUUGUCAUCCGGGACCCCGAGAGGUUGGCGAGGCUGUGGGGCGAGAGGAAGGGCAAACCGCACAUGAACUACGACAAGCUGAGCCGGGCACUCAGAUACUACUACAACAAACGCAUCCUGCACAAGACCAAAGGGAAAAGAUUCACCUACAAGUUCAACUUCAGCAAACUCAUCCUGGUCAAUUAUCCAGGAUAUCUACCGCCGCCGGGACACCAGCUGCUACAGAGCGCUCCACUUCCAUUCCCUCGCCUCCCCGCUGAGACUGGUCUUCCUCUGUGUGGAGGCUCAGUGAUGGACAGAGCGGCUCCCCCUGUGCCUCACCCCGUCCUGUCCCCCUGCUGCCUCCCGAAGACCAUCCCGUCUUCUCGGGCUCUGCACGGCCCCUUCCCCUUAAUCUCUGCCCCUGGACAUGUGGGGGUCAAUGUUAGGGAGCCAGGCCUCGCAUCUCACCUCACCUCGGCCCGGCACGCCGCCGUCGCUCACAGCUGGCCGCAGAAGAGCCUCGCAGGUUGGGAUCUGAACCACAGUCUGCAUCAAAGUCUGCUCGGUGCUGCCGUGAAGAGGACUGAAGAACUUCAAGGGGAGGAGAGAAGAACAGGGAGUGACCCACACUGAAGGAGAAGAACAAACUCUACAACAGAUGGACUGUGUUCUCUUUCCCUAAAUACACUCUCAUCAUCUUGUGUCCUUUGGAGCUUAAUGUAGAGUAGUUUAUUAUUCACUGCCUGUGAUUUCAUGUACACAAAAACUUUGUAUUUAUUGAGCUGGACAUUGUCGAGUGUUGUGUGUGUGUGUGUGUUUUUAAUGGAUAUAUUAGGAAACCCUGCUGUUCUUCUUUUCAUGCCACAUCGACAGAGGAAUUACACUAGUAAACAAUUAACAACAUGGCACUUGUGUUUGAGUCAAUAAAGCAGUGCACUCAACUUACA